AUGGAUGAAAUGAUUAAGAUUCCAGAUGAAAUCGACAUAACCAGGGAAGAACCUUUCCCAGGCAUUUACACCACUGAAGCACCCCCAUUCCAGCAAUUUCCAAAAGGAUGUGAAAAGAAGAGCGAAAAAAAGGAUCGUUCACCGCAGCCAAGGGAUAAAGAGCCGAAAGAUCAGCAACCAAGGGAGAAACCUCCAACACCACCUCUUCGCUCCCCUCCCCCCUCCCCUCCCCCCACUGGAGAUCCGUUAGAUGAUGAGCCGUCCGCAGCCGAGGUGCUUAUUGUGAAUCAAGAGACAGGACAAUUAUUCCCAGCACUUGACGGAUCUGACAGUGAACUGGAGCUGGCUCCCACGACUAUAUCAGAGCCUUACGAGGAUCCUGUUGCCAGGGGAUUAGUUACCCCUAGGGUUCCUAUCGAGACCGCUACUCCCUCCCCACCCAGGAAAAGGAGGAGACUGGUGGUGGACCGCAGCACGCAGAUUGACCAAGAUGUGAUCAGACAUAACGUGGCUACCGGUGGAAGAGAAACCUUGUGUGAACGAGAACUUGAGGAGCAUCCAAUACUCUCUGCAAAGGACCUGUUCAUAGCGCCAGUAACAGAAGCCCUGAUGAGUAACCCCUUUAUUGUCUUAUGGAAAAGAAAUGCUGUCACUACUUCUGAAGAGUACCAUUCAAGCGAGUCUGACGUCUCAGAACAGAUCAGCCUGUUGCCUUCCAUUACCGAAAGCUUUGAGGUUCCAAGAGACAUGGAAACCCCAUCUGAAAAAGAGAUUCUCCGAGAAGAUCCUAAUGCUGAACAAUCUGGAUUGCUUGAACGUUCAGAGGCUAGCACCAUCGGGUUUACGCCAGAUACGCAAAAUGGCAAAAUAAGAACCGGGGAAUUUUCUAGUGGCGCCGAUCAAGACAUGGAACCUCCAGAAAUGGAACCAACUGCACCACUGCGAAGACCCUCUUCUUUACUUCGCUCCUCCAUGACUGGACUUUUGUCUCCCAUUCACGAGCCGUCCGAUUUCGACGAAUACAUGGAAGAUAUCGGAGAUCUUCCAACUCUUAUGGAGCAAUCUGAAGUCACGCAGUCCCUCGAGGAGCAGACAAGUGAAACUUGGAGGAUAGUAAACGGAGCCAUGAGACUCAGCGACGGCCCAGUUUUGUUCAAGAAUUUAUGUCCUCCACAAUCAACAGAGCGAAAAACUGCAGCUAGAGUUUUCUAUCAUCUCCUCGCAUUACACAAGAAUGGAAUAUUUGAACUAAAACAGAGAGAUCCUUACAAUAUGACGAAUAUCUACAUUGAAAAGGGUACAAAUUAUUAAACACACUCC